CGGAGAUGUGGGAUGAAUGGCGUUCGAAUGAUGAUGGCAUCUUCGAGGGUCGCGGCUUAUCGGCGCAAGCACGGCGUAUCUCCACGUGACGGCCCUCCACGUGCCUGAGGCUAUGGUCGACUUGGUUCCUGGAUGCUGGCCUGAAUGAAGAAUCAUGGCCCUCGUGUGGCAGCGACCGAGUCCGAAUCAAUUAUCCGUCGAUAUCUCAACCUUUCGAGGAUUGAAUCCUCCGAAGCAGCGCCAGGACUUCAUCGGCCUCUGGGGAACAAUUACAACUACCGGAGCAAGUCUCGGCAGGCGGAGAAAAUCCCGGAGGUCCUCCGCCGUCCGGUGCUUUGUAUCGCAACUUGAUUCUCCGUCAUUGCCAGGGUAGCAGGGUUCCCCAACCCCCCCGUUGCAGGAGAUGAGCAAUGCGUUCGGCGUAGCCUGGCGCAUUCCUUGCCCGGGGCUUCAAGCCUCGCGCUGGCUUUCCCCCGUCACUCCAUCACCGCUGCGCUCCGCCCCGCGUCUCUCCGCACCUCCUGCUCUCCCAUGGCGUCUGGAUAGCAUCUCCAGGUGCUUGCUGGGCUCCUGGUCAAGCCCGCUGCCUUUUGCGCCUCGCUCUGCCAGACCUACCCCCGCCCCCCUUUCGACCUCCGUCCGCUCAUUCCACAGCUCCAGUUCCCUUUGCUCCAGUCAAGCACCCCCAGUGGAACAUGGCGUCAAUCCUCGCUCUCAACCUUUCUCCGCCGCUGAACUCAAAACCAUCUUUGGAGCCAGGUCCAAGAUCCCCCCGGCGAUGGGGAACCGGCUCUUGGCCGUUCUACAAGGCCGGCGUCUCCAAGGCACCCUCGAUCUAAACCUCCCCGCCGAUAUCGUCCGCUCCAUACACCCACGCAGUAUCGAGGCAGCGCUGAAUUACCUCCGCACGAAGUAUCCGGUGGAUGAGGAUGCUGCAAUUAUGGCCCGGCUCGAUCGCGAGAUGGAUGAAGAGGAAGCGAUGGACAUGGAUCGGUAUCAGCCGCAGAGUGGUUCUUACGGGGCCGAGCUGGGCCAGUCCAAUGAUCCGUCCGGCCGGAGUGUCCUGGAAGAGUACCGCGAGAAGAACGAGGCACGGCUCUUGGCCGAGCAGGAAAGGAAACGACAGGAAUGGCUGCAAGGGGGGCAGUACCACGACGAGCGGUUCAGGCGCUCGUUGGAGACCAAUAGUCUGGCCCUCCAGAAUGUGGACGAAAAGACUGCCAUGGAAAUUGCCCCGAAAGAUCGGCAACUUGCGGACCCCCAGCAGCGCCCUGCUCUCGCAUGGGUCCAGAGAAACUACUUGGCUGCUCAGGACCUGGACUUGGAUAUCAAGACGCUCACCAUGAGUCGCCGGCUUCUGCCCUCGCUUGCAUUUGUGUUCCUGACCCUGGGUCUUUGCUAUGCCUUCGCCCAGUACUAUGAGCCUCCCGCGAACGCUGAUCGGAUGUGGCCCAAUAUUCCUCGAUCCGCCGCAACGACCAUGGCCAUCAUAGGCAUCAAUGUCGGGAUCUUUGCUCUGUGGUGGUUCCCCCCAGCCUGGAGACUCUUCAACCGCUAUCUAAUCAACGUCGUCGCCAACCCUAACCCCCCCUUGAGACUCGUCGGCAGCAUUUUCAGCCAUCAGUCCCCCAUGCAUUUGUUCUUGAACAUGCUGUGUCUCGGGUUACUCGCGCCCCGUUUCCACGAUGAAAUCGGCCGAGGCGAAUUCCUUUCUCUCUUCAUCGCCUCGGGCGUGGUCGGCUCUUUCACAACCGUGGCCAUCCACUGCCUCCGAGCCCAAUGGACCGUCACCAGUCUUGGUGCCAGUGGAGCCGUCUCCGGCCUCGUCGCGGCGUACUGCACGCUUCACGCAAAUGAUACCCUUCACGCCUCCUUCCUCCCCGAUGGGUGGAAGGAUGCGCUCUCUGUCCCCGGAUGGGCCAUUGUCACCACGUUGGUCUCGCUCGAAAUCCUGUCUCUGGCCCUGCGACGCCGACUCCGCAGCCCACCCGCACUCGACCAUUGGGGGCACAUGGGCGGAUACUUGACGGGCCUUGCCUGGGCCUUAUACCGGAAGAAGGGAGAGGAUGGCCAGAGAACUCCCGGACAGACGAAUCAUUGGUUCUUGUGGAAGUCCUUGAAGAAUUGAACCAUCGCCUCAUGCUUGGGACCGGGGCCGAGUAUGGCUUGACUGGGCUGGCUCUGUAUUUUUAGUUUCCACCCCCCGGAAGCAUAUAUUGUAUAGAUAUCUU